AUGAGUAAAAUAUCGCCUGAUACAAAUUUACUAACAGUAGAAUGUGCUCAAUCAAAUAAUACCACUAAUAUAAACGGAAAGGGUUUCGAAAAUAUUUAUACGCAUGCAUUAACUCCACAUGAACACGAGAACCAAGUAGUACACCAAAAUAAAACAAAAAGCGAUAAUGAAAUGUCGCUGACGAUCUAUGAUUUGUUAAAACACAUAUGUGAUAUUCAAGGAGCAACUCCGAUGCAUUAUGCAUUUCGCUACGGCGAAUCUGAAAUGUUUAAGGUUAUUUUUCAUCAUCCAAAGUUCAAUAAUAAUAUACUCACUGACGAGGGUCUAAUUGAAGUGGCUGCUGCAUAUGGCCAUCUUGAUAUUGUUAUUAAAUAUUUGAAGAACGUAUCAGCUCAAGACAAUCGCAAUGAUGCUAUUCAUCAGUUUAUCCUUGCUGCUGUUCGUUUCCAUGGUAAAAGUAUUCUGUCUCAUUUUGCUGACAUGACGGGUAAUGUUUCAUCAAGACUUUACUGGGUCUGUCGUCAGCCUCAUGGGGACAGACUGAUUCGUGAUGAAGAAUAUGCCAAAACACUUAUUACCAAAGAAACGAUGUCUCACCAAUACGAAGAUGAUGAUCAUUUCACGCCGUUGAUGAUUGCUGUCAAGUAUCGACGAGUCAAAUGUAUCGAAAAACUUGUCGAUAGCGAAUUUUGUGAAAGGAAAGUGUGGAACAAGUGUAGUCGGGAGCUCAAAAAAACUGUUUUUCAUAUCUGCGCAGAAAUUCAGGAUAAUGAAAUCACUGGUUUACUAUUAGAUGCAGCGAAAAAGAAUAAUAUAGAUGUAAUAGACAGUGAUAUAAUGGGUAAUACACCUUUACAUAUUUGUGCUCAAGUAGGUGAUAUAGAUAUUUUAAAACUACUCUGCAGAGACGGAAUCGAUGUCAACAGUUGUAACAUCAAUGAUUAUACACCACUUCACGAAGUCGCCCGCGGGACCGAUCCAGAUGAAGAAGAAAAUAAAAAUCGUUGUAAAUGUGUUGAACUUCUUGUAAAGCAACGAGCCGAUUUGAACGCAACAACUAUUCUAGGAGAAUCACCGUGGAUGAUAGCGGGCCAGUAUGGUUCGGAGUCUUUAGUCAAAUGCAUCUUGGAGUUUCGUCCGGAUAUACUACUCAGAAAUGUUCGACAUCACAAUGGUCUUGAGUUGGCCAUUAGACAGAAAAACGAGAAUGUAGUCAAAUAUCUCAUUGAAAGUGAACACUUAUUUCCAUUGAUGCGUAAUGCACAACUGAAUAAUAAUCCUUGUAGUGAAAAAGAUUCCAGAAAUCUUUACUCUGGCGAAGAUCCUUUAACAUCGUGUUGCACAAGAUUGGAUUGUUGCAAACGUCCGUGUUUUUGGCGUUGUUGUAAAAGUCGCAAUGCUGACACACCCAUGCGAAAAUUGAUUAUAUCCAUGCCAGACAUGGCUUACAAAGUUCUCGAUCGAUGUACAACAAUACUUGGUGCCGAUGGAACAAAAUUACAUCAACAAAUUUUCAAUUAUGAAUUGUUAGAAGAUCAGUUCGCCAUUUAUAAAUGGAUUAAAGGUAAGGAAAUAACUUGUAACAGAUAA